AUGGGUGUUGACAGGAAAAGCUGCAUGUGGAGUGUGGCAGAUCAUGAGCACGCUGGAACCCUCAAGAAAAUCAGUGUCAAUUUGUCUAUCACCACCUCCCACCUCAAUGAUAUGCGUGGUGCUCUUCACUAUAGACCUUCAGUAGUGCUGGUGCAGGUGCCAGUGGGCGUGAAGUCCUCAUUUCUGGUCCUUUACAAAGUGUGUUUUCAAGUUGAGUUGAAUCCCUGGCACCCCAACGUUGUCUCCUCGCGUAGCCUUACAGGUGCAGAGGAGCGAGACAGGAACGCAUUGGAGAAAUCCUCCAUCCAGAAGGACACUCCUUGGCCAGGAGAUGACGACGACGUUCACGACCAUGUGACCCAGAGAAGCCAAGGGUUCCUAUCCCUCUUGAACGCCAGGACGUCCACAGAGCUAAUGCCACGGACGGUGGUGCUGCACGGUGCCGCGGGCGUCGGGAAGACCACGCUGGCCAAGAAGUGCAUGCUGGACUGGACGCAGCCCUCUACCGCCCUCUACCUCAGCUGCAAGGCGCUCAGCUGCAGGGGGCCGUGCACCUUGGCGGAGCUGCUGGCCGACAGCGCCCCGGGCCCGCGCCGGGCCCUUCCGCGGCUGCUCGCGCGGGCGCGGACGCUCCUGCUGAUCAUCGACGCUUUCGAGGAGCUGCGCGUGCCCGCCGCGGCGCUGGCGCGCGACCUGGGCGGCGACUGGGGCGCGCGGCGGCCGGCACCCGUGCUCCUGGGGGGCCUGCUCAAGAGGAAGCUGCUCCCCGCGGCCACGCUCCUGGUGACCACGCGGCCCGAGGCCCUGGGGGAGCUGCGGCUGGUGGUGGAGCAGCCGCUCCUGGUGGAGGUCGAGGGGCUCUCGGAGCCGGAGCGCCGGGCAUAUCUGCGGCGACAGCUGGGAGGCGAGGCUCAGGCGCGGCGCGCUUGGCAGCUGAUGAGAAGCAACGCGGCGCUGCUCCGCCUGGGUCGGCGCCCGCCGUGUGCUGGACGCUGGGCGCCUGCCUGCGGGCAGGGCGACGACCCGGGCCGCACGUGCCGCACCGCCACGUCGCUGCUGCUGCGCUUCCUGUGCAGCCGGUUCGCGCCCGCGCCGGGUAGCUGCCCGCGCCCCCGCCCCCGGGCCCCGCUGCGCGCCCUGUGCCUCCUGGCGGCCGAGGGCGUGUGGGCGCAGACCUCGCUGUUUGAGCCCCGGCACCUGCGCAAACUGGGCGUCGCAAGGCCUACCUUCGUGGACCGGAGCCUCCUGCAGGAGAGCGGCGAGUGCGCGGGCUGCUACCGCUUCCUGCACCUGAGCCUGCAGCACCUCCUGGCGGCCGCGCUCUACGUCCUGGGCGGCGGUGAGGGCGGCCCCGGCUGGAGCGCUCGCGGGGUGCGGAGGCUGCUCUGCAAGGAGGAAGGGCGGCGGAACCCCCACCUGGCCCACGUGGGGCGCUUCUUGUUCGGCCUCGCCAACGAAGACAGGGUCAGGGAGCUGGGGGCCGCCUUCGGCUGCCCGGUGUCCACGGAGCUCAAGCGCGAGCUGCUGGCAUGCACCGUGAGGUCCCCCGAGAACGGCCCCUUCUCCUCGGUGACGGACACGAGGGAGACCUUGUGCCGUCUCUACGAAUCGCAGGACGAACCGCUGGUGAAGGAAGCCGUGGCCCAGGUCACGGAAGUGUCCCUGCACUUGAAAGACCCCACGGACCUCGCGCACGCGUCCUUCUGCCUCAAGCAUUGCGAGCGGCUGCAGAAACUGUGUCUGUGGGUGGAAAAGGGCGUGUUCCUGGACGACGACACCGCGUCGGGGUCCGAGGCCCAGGCUGCCGGGUAAGGAGCCUCACGGUUCACUUUGUUAAUUGCCCCCACCCUCAGCCUCCCACCCUGCGGCACCCGGAACGGGGCCGACUUCCCGCUCCGUGUGGCUGAGGGUCAGAACGGGUUCUGGCCAGAAUUUCUCCUGCCAGCUUGCCACUCAAGGUGCAGGUCGUGAUGUUCAGGUUAGGAAUGGAACCUUAGUGUUAAUGGGACCAGGUUCAGGGUAUCCCUAGACCAUCUGGAUAUUUCCUUAACAAUUUUUUCCUUAACAAUUGUUUUUAAAAAUUUUUUUAAUUAAAAUUUUUAAUGGUUAUUUUUGAGACCGUGAGACACUGUGAGUGGGGAGGGGGGCAGAGAGAGAGACACACACAAUCCGAAGCAGGCUCCAGGCUCUGAGCUGCCAACGCAGAGCCCCACAUGGGUCUCGAACCCAGGAACUGGGAGAUCAUGACCUGAGCCCAAGUCGGACGCUCACCCAACUGAGCCACCCAGGCGCCCCAAUGAUUCUCUUUUUCUCAAACUAGAGCCGCCAUACCAUACAUCACACCCUCAGGACUUCUGUCUGGAAGUUUGUACUUUUUGACCACUUUGACCCAUUUUAUCCACAUCCUGCCUCUGGCAACCACCAAUCUGUUCUAUGAGUUCGUGUUUGUUUCUUUUGGGUUCCAUGUAUAAGUGAG